AUGCCGGAGGAGCUACCGCACGCGUGGCCGUGGGAACACGGGGGCGCGUGGACAGAGCUGCUCGAGUCUACCGGAAGGGCCAGCGACGGCGGCGGCUCUAAGCUGCAAGCCACCAGCCUAGGCGCAAUCAUGCGAGUCAGGAGCGGACAGCUCGGGCUCGGCGAACUCGACUACAAGGACGACGCCGGCAGGGCGGCCAUGGAGGCGCUCGCAGAGGUCUGGAGGGCACCCAAGGGACGCCAGCUGGCUGGAGAGCUCGUCCACAGCCUAGAGAUGCUGUACGACAUCAUCGAGCGACCCGAGGGCGGCGGCAGCAGCGCCUACAAGGGAGCAGUCAAACAGGCGCUCGACGUCGCCGCGGCGCUCACCACAGCGGGCAAUAACCUACCCAGCGUCGAACAGUGGCGGCGGUUCAGGGCGGCGGCGUCGGGAGCCCUCCCCGCCCCGACACAACGCGAACGAGCGGCCACGAGGGCGAGAAUGGCGGCAACGGGCUAUGUACCACCCCCCACGCGAGGGGGGCGCGACGGCGAGCGCCUCACCGCGAUGCAGGUGGCGGUGCGAGAGGCGACCAACGCAGCCAGGAAGGCCGCAAAGACGAUUACGUGGACGGCCAUCGAAUGGCGCAAGACGAACGCGCCCGAGAGAAGAGUGGGACCGUCGCAUGGGGGGGUCGAGGGCUAG